AAAUUGCUGCUAGCAAAAGGCGGAACUGAAGUCCGUAAGUUUUGAUUUUUCUCCGUGUUGAGAGGAGGAGAAGAGAGAAGAAGCUUUUGUCCUGCUUUCUGCUUUCUCUCAACACAAACAAGGGAUUUAUUAUUAAAAAUGGCGAGCAAAGAGCAGUCGCCGGUGUUGGCUGAAUGCGCGCUCCAGCUCCGUACACUUGGAGAUCUGCUGAACUGGAAAUACAUGCUGCUGGAGUUUCUGGUGAGAACUUUACAAUCAGCUAGCGACGAUCCGGCCGGCACGACGUAAAACCCCAACAGGAAACUCUUUAAGAAGCUUCUAAUCUCUUGAGGUCACCUGAGACCUGAGAAGACAUGGCUGCACAUUUACAUCACAUGACACAUUUACAUCACAUGACAUGGCUUCACAUCAGAUAAAUAAAUUCAUUAUCUUA